AUGAAACGGCCUUUGUCCCUGUUUGAGCGCUACGUUCUGGCAUGCGACGAAACGGGACACCCGAUGAUAAUCACGCACGUUGUUUCGUACUCCAAGCUCCCAAGUCUCGAUGAGCUGCAGGAACGGGUACUCGAGGCGCAAUCUCGUCUCCCGCUCCUACGAUCCGUCAUCUCGGGCGCCUACACGUGCAAGCCAACGUUUGCUGUGCGCGAGCAGCCGUUCAAGCCGACCGAGAUCGUAUACGAAUGCGAUGCCGUCGGAGACGCCAUGGCCGUGCUUGUCGCUGAGCUGAAGAUUAUGCGCGCCCGCAAGGCUGGGGCCCAGACGCCGCUCUGGCGCAUUGGCGUGUACCCUGGCUUAGUGGCCGUGACUUGCAAUCACGUCAUUGCGGAUGGCAUGGGGUCGCUCGGCCUUGUCGCAGCGAUGACUGCACCCCGCGAUGACCCACUGAGUGUGUACGCCCUCCACAUGGAGGAGGGGACGCACAGGACUUACGAUGAAACGGUCAUGCUGCGGGCCGGCUUAGGCAUGAUCGUCAAGGCCCUUUGGCGCGAGCUCGUUAUCCCCAUCCUCCCGCGCUUCAUCCAGCGGUGGGUUACGCGCAGCGAGCCGUGGCCUGGACUGUGCGAGGCCUCUCCACUCGGGCGGGAUUGGAGUAUACUUGGAGCAUCGGUCGACGCCGAUACCCUUGGCCGCCUCAGCGCGGUCGGCAAGCAGAAAGGCGUCAAGACGUUGCAUCCCCUAAUCGAGACAGCUUACACUGCCGCCGUAUGGGCUGUCUUCCACACCGAUAAGCCAUUUCACUUUAUCGCAAACACGCCUCGCUCGGACCGCAACACAAGUAAAGGCCACUCAUCCCUAACGGGGCUCUACACCUCCCUCUUUAUUCGGAACCAUGAAUUCCGUGCCCGAGACGAUCUAUGGGACCUCGCGCGCGACUCGGCCGCCUUCCUCCUCUCCCCUUCGGCAGGCGUUGUGGCCCGCAAGAUCGUGUCCAUGCUCAGGUUUAUCCCCAAUACUGAGAAGAACGGUACCACCGGCUGGAUGAAGUACUUGACCGACCGCGCCAGCUGCCCCUCGCCAUUCUUUGAAGGUAUCAUGGUCUCCAAUCUCGGCCGGUUCCGCUUGCCGCCGGACGCGAUUGAUCAUAUUUGGGGCCAGGCAUGCCAUCCCAGCUCAUUUGCCAUCGGUGCCAACGUCGUCGGACACACCAAGGGCCUCCGCCUGACCACUGUUUUCUGGGAGGGUGUCCCUGCCGACAGCGCGCAGAUUGCGCAAGUGCACCGUAUUUGGGAGAAGCUCAUUUGUCUCAUGGCCGAUGGGGAAGAGGGCACCGUUGAGGAGCUUACCCGGCGAUGUAUGUAG